UACCAGGAAAUGAUAAUUGGGGUGAAGUGAUGUGUUGGCAUGUUAGGGAGAAUUUGGUAGAAAAUACAGCAAAUCUGUCAAUUAUCUGUUACAUGUUUGCAGACUGCAGACAGACAACCUGAGAAUGCAGAAUUACCUUGAAUAAGCAACAAUAUUUCGAGUUACUGAGUAGGUGAGGAUGGGGAGGAAGGAUGCAUGCGCUACGAUGGCCCCAGUCGACCAGUACCGGAAACAGAUCGGUAAACAAGACUACAAGAAGACCAAGUCAGCUCUGAAGUUGACGAAGUUGAGGGCUGAGGCAAAGAAGAGUGCUCCUGGAAUAAGGGAUGCUCUCCUGGUCAUCUUAGCCAUCCUGGUGUUCAUGCUCUGUGCGUAUGCGUUCUUCUACCUCAACCUGAGCACUGAACUGGACAUGGACCUGGAUGUGGACUAAAGCAGGAGAGGACAACUUCACCUUGGGCUCGGGGUCUUGCUGGGCUAUUGUCAGGCUCUGUCAACGUGGCUCAUUGACUCAUCUGGAUGCAAAUUUGACUCAAGAUUUUUUUUUUGUCUGAUUUCCGUUUCAUUUUUUUCCUCAUUCCUGUUUUCUCCAUUUUGUUUUCAUUGUAUAUUUUGUGUGGUUUUUUUUUUAGGCUUUUGUUCUCAAAAUCACACUUUUAUCGAACAUUAAUUUUUAGUUGUGGUCGAUGCUUAAACCACGUCAGGAGACCACUUGAGGUCUGGGAAAAAUAAACAAAUAUAUAAUUUUCGAUGCAAGCGCACACCAGCAAUAGACUGUUUGAUAAGCGAUGAUACUGCAGCGUUCAUGUGAUGGCAGAGUUUGCAAAAUAAUUGGCCACUGUAUUGUCGUGAUUAUCAUUCUGCCAGUUAGGCAUAGUCUACUUUUUGUAGUUAACAUUUAAUUGAUAAGUUGUUGUUUUUUUUUUGGGGGGGGGGGGCUUUAUCAUCUACCAAGAAGACUGUUGACAUUAGCAUCAUCUCUAACAGCUACACAGAGACAAAUGCGCGAACACAGACAGGGCAGUCCUGUUGCCUCUUCAGAAAUAUGAAUCACUGAUGCGUUUUUAUUUCAUGUCUUUAUAUUAAUGAAUAUUAAUGAAUGUUAUAAGUUCAAUAAAUUUUGUAAUAUUGUUGAA